AUGGUUUAUCAGAUUGACCUUAGGAGAGCCAAUAACAUGGAAAUUCUGCUUACGAAAGUAAAGAUUCCACUGCCUGAUAUGAUGGCUGCAAUUCUGGCAAUGGAUGAGUCAGUACUAGAUAUUGAUCAAGUAGAGAAUCUUAUAAAGUUUUGUCCAACCAAGAAAGAGAUUGAAAUGCUUAAGAACUACAGUGGUGAUAAGGCAGCUUUGGGAAAGUGUGAGCAGUUUUUCCUAGAGCUAAUGAAAGUGCCACGAGUAGAAUCAAAGCUGAGAGUAUUUUUCUUCAAGAUUCAAUUCAGCACUCAGAUAACAGAGUUUGAAAAAAGUUUAAAUGUGGUAAAUUCUGCAUGUGAGGAAGUCCGUUCUUCACGAAAGCUAAAAGAAAUUAUGAAACAUAUUCUUCACCUGGGGAACGCAUUAAACCAAGGAACUGCAAAGGGCGAUGCUGUGGGAUAUAAGUUGGAAAGUUUAUUGAAAUUAAGCGAUACAUGUGUUCCUAACAGCAAGAUGACUCUCAUGCAUUAUCUUUGCAAGGUCCUUACUUACAAGGCAUCACACUUACUUGACUUCCACAAGGAUCUUGAAAGUCUUGAAUCCGCUUCAAAGAUACAUUUGAAGUCACUGGCUGAGGAAAUGCAAGUUAUAAGCAUAGGAUUGGAAAAGAUGGACCAGGAGCUCACUGCAUCCAAAAGUGAUUGUCCGGUUUUUGAAGUUUUCCAUAAAACAUUGAAGGACUUCAUCCCCAUUGUUACUGCGAUCCACUUGAAAUUUUUAAACUUGUUUAAGAAAGCUCAAGAAGAGAAUAUCAAGCAAGGCAAUUAUACAGAGCCUGGAGCAUUCAAGUCACCACUUCCACCACCUCCGUUUAGGCAUUUUUGUUGUCGACAGCCACCUCCUAUGAAGUGUGGGAGAGCCCCACCACCACCACCCCCACCUCCUCCGGUGUUUGCAAGAGUACUACCGCCACUGCCUGAAGGACCAUUUUAAACUAGCACCUUCAAUGGAAAUAAAAUGGAUUCAUUUUGCACUUUAGAAACUAAAAGUUGAGCCAUCGAUUGUAUUUGCUUUUCUGCUGAAUUUCUUAGUUUGGGAAUCUCAAAACUCUUUGCAUCACUAUUUUCUAUUUGGGAAAAAACACAAACAAAGACUAUGGAUAUAUAGAGAGAGAACAUCA